AUGGCUCCUUUCCAGGCUCGUGGCGGCGCCGGCGGCAGAGGCGGUGGCCGUGGUGGUUUCGGCGGUGAUAGAGGAGGUCGCGGAGGUGGUCGCGGCGGACGCGGUGGCUUCGGCGACAGAGGCGGAAGGGGAGGUGGCAGAGGCGGCUUCGGUGCCCGCGGAGGCGGCCGUGGUGGUCCCCGUGGCGGCGCUGGUGGUCGCGGUCGUGGAGGUGUUGGCAAGCCCGGUGGUCGCGGCGGACCCAAGGGAAUGAAGGGAGGUGCCAAGGUCAUCGUCGAGCCUCACCGUCACGAGGGUAUCUUUGUCGUCCGCGGCAAGGAGGACGCCAUCGCAACCCGCAACAUCGUCCCCGGCGAGUCCGUCUACGGCGAGAAGCGCGUCUCCGUCGACGACGUUGUCCAGAACGAGGACGGCACCACCACAACCACCAAGGUUGAGUACCGCGUCUGGAACCCCUUCCGCAGUAAGCUUGCUGCCGCCGUCAUCGGUGGUCUCGAGAAGAUGUACUUCGGCCCCGGCUCCAAGGUCCUCUACCUCGGUGGUGCCUCUGGUACUUCCGUCUCCCACGUUGCCGACAUUGUCGGUCCCACCGGCUUCGUCUACGCCGUCGAGUUCUCCCCCCGUUCCGGCCGUGACCUGAUUGGCAUGGCCGCCAAGCGCACCAACGUCGUCCCCAUCGUCGAGGACGCCCGCCAACCCCUCAAGUACCGCAUGCUCAUGCCCAUGGUCGACGCCAUCUUUGCCGACGUUGCCCAGCCCGACCAGGCCCGUAUCGUCGCCAUGAACGCCCACCAGUUCCUGAAGGUCGGCGGUGGUAUCCUCAUCUCCAUCAAGGCCAACUGUAUCGACAGUACCGCCCCCGCCGCCAAGGUCUUCGCCAUGGAGGUCGAGAAGCUGAGAGCGGAGCGCAUCGCACCCAAGGAGCAGCUCACGCUAGAACCCUUUGAGCGUGACCACUGCCUCGUCGCUGCCGAGUACAACCGCUACGCGAAAUAG